AUGCCCAUCUCAGGCCGCCUUCCGCAGGCCAUUUCCACCGAGGUCCACUCUUUCGACCCCUUUGCUGAUGCAAGUAAGGGUGAUGACCUGCUUCCUGCUGGCACUGAGGAUUAUAUCCAUAUAAGAAUUCAACAGAGAAACGGUAGGAAGACCCUUACCACUGUCCAAGGGAUCGCUGAUGAUUACGAUAAAAAGAAACUAGUGAAGGCGUGUAAGAAGAAAUUUGCCUGCAAUGGUACUGUAAUUGAGCAUCCAGAAUAUAGAGAAGUAAUUCAGCUACAGGGUGACCAGCGCAAGAACAUAUGCCAGUUCCUAAUAGAGAUUGGACUGGCUAAGGACGAUCAGCUGAAGGUUCAUGGGUUUUAAGUGCUUGUGACUCUGAAGCUUAAGUGAGGAUUUCCUUGCAAUGAGUAGAAUUUCCCUCCUGUCCCUUGUCACAAGUUUAAAAACCUCACAGCUUG